GGUUCCGCACUACUCCGAGUGAACACACGCCUUACGACUUUGUCCCAGUUCAGUGUUCUUUUAUAGUCAGGUUGGAGAGGCGUUGUUCAUGAAAAGUUGAUGUAGUGUGUUCUGAAAUCGACUAACCUGUUGCUGCGCUCACUUCUCACCGUGUAAAGCAGUGCCAACGAUCGAAUGCGUCGCUGAGAUUACGUCGGAACAAGACGCCCGAGUCCGAACGAAGAAUUCGCAGUCGCGUGUAUAGGAAUGCACACACUUGUUGAACGUAUGGAAGGGAUACCAACUAUGGACGUGAGGACUCUGGCUUUGGCGUUGUUGCUGUUGACUUCUGCUCAAGGACAGGCCUCAUGCCCGCAGGGAACGUAUUCGGCAUGGGGGGAGAAUCGGUGUUGUACAAGUAAAUGUGGACCAGGAACAUAUAUCGUGCAAUCCUGUUCCUAUGGCAAUCCUGAAGAUACGGUAUGUGAAGACUGUGGGGUAGACUACUACAACCCGUACCCUGACCAGUUCCACUGCCGAAGAAAGGACCUGUGCACCAAAGAGAACGAGGAGAUCAAGAUCCCAGGCAAUUCCACCGCAGACAACGAGUGCCAAUGCAAGAUCGGGUUCCACAAUAAUGUGGCUGAACUGUGUCUGAAUGGACCCGUGUGUCCACCCGGAAGUGGGGCAACGCGAACCGGGGAAUGCGAGACCUGUCCACAUGGAACAUUCAGUAACCUGACAUCGCACGUCCAACCAUGUAUCCUGUGGCAAAGUUGUGGCAUGUUUGGCUUCUUACAACUUCGACCGGGGACCAGCACGUCUGAUGCAGUGUGCAUAUCUCACCCCAUUGACCCUCUUCUGCCCACGGAACGGCCUGAGAUCAUCCCGGUUACUACUGCAGAUGAUGCUAACAACACGGACAACAUUAACGGUGGACGGCCUACUACAUGGUCUAAGUCCACAAUCAUCGGCAUGAGCGUGGGCGUUCCUGUUACGGUCAUCCUACUGGUACUGGUACUCAUCCUGGUCCUGCGCUGCCGAAGAGAGAACCGGCGUCAUAUAGAUUUGGAGAAUGGGCAGCACCCUGACAACAAGCCACCGCCGGGCCAACAGGAGACAGGGGCUGGAAACACGAACGACACGAUCGAUGGAGUGGGCACGGAGAUGGAACCUUUAACAGGCGAAUACAGGCACCCGAUAAGAGAGGAGAGAAAACAAGCGGCAUGUCCGCCAGACGACGGUAUUGAGAGCGGCGAUGACACCAGCAUGAGUGACAGCCUCUCUACCUUAUCCCGAGAGGGCGGAGCCGAGCCGGACAGUGACGUGGAGGAAACAAACCCCAAGAUGGGUACAAUGCAGUACUCCCACCUGAUUGCAGUGAACGAGGCGACAAUUGACUACAUAGUGGAUCAUCUCGGAAACAUGUACCUGCAGCUGGCCCGGUGUCUUCCUCUCCGCCAAGGUUGCAGCUUCACACCAACAGACCUUGACAGCCUGAGGCAGACAUCCACCUUCCAUUAUCUCAGAGAAGCAAUAAGAGAGACAGUGGAGAAAUGGAAGAGCAAGCAGGGCGAGGAGGCAAGCUUGGAGGGACUACUGGUCGGACUGACCGCCUGUGGCAGACAUGACAUGGUCGAAGACUUAUGUAGACUGAACAACGCUCGGAGACUCAGCAGGGGAGAGGAAAACAACCACGACAGUCUCCAGUGAUAUGAAGAGGCCCAUGCUGUGCAAAUAACUGCCGUUUUACCUGUUAUCGUUCAACGGCGCGUCUUAAGUAAAACGGCAUUUAUGACCU